AUGGAACUUUCAGUGCCAAAAUCUUACAAGUUAUCUAGUGGCUACACUAUCCCAUCUGUGGGUCUUGGAACCUACGAGCUACCACCAAAUAAGACAGCUUAUCUUGUUCAUCAAGCAUUGGAAGUUGGGUACAGACACUUUGACACAGCUGUUUUGUAUGGAAAUGAGUACGAAGUUGGUCAAGGUAUAAAGAAAUGGCUCAAUGAAAACCCUGCUGAAAACAAACGAGGAGAUGUAUUUUAUACAACCAAGCUAUGGGAUUCUCAACAUGGGUAUGAAAAGGCGAAAAAGGCAAUUGACCAUUGUUUGCAAGAGGUGGAAGAUCUCGGUUACAUUGAUUUGCUCUUAAUUCAUUCACCGUUAGGUGGGAAAAAAUUGAGAUUAGAGACUUAUGAAGCUAUGCAGGAGGCAGUCGAUGCAGGCAAGGUUAGAUCGAUUGGUGUUUCCAAUUAUGGGUUCCAACAUAUUGAGGAGCUUUUGAAUUGGGAAAAAUUGAAAUAUAAACCUGUCGUCAAUCAGAUCGAAAUUUCGCCAUGGUGUAUGCGUCAGGAACUUGCUGAUUUCUGCAAAAAAAAGGGAAUCCUUGUGGAAGCAUACGCGCCUCUAACCCAUGGCACAAAGCUCAAAGACCCCGAUCUUGUCAAAGUUGCUAAUGAAGUAGGCUGUGACGUUGGUCAAGCGCUAAUCAGAUGGUCCCUACAGAAAGGCUAUAUACCAUUACCGAAGACUCAAUCAGUUUCAAGACUUGCCAGUAACCUCGACGUCUUUUCAUUCGAAUGGACCACGGACCAAAUGGAUCAAUUAGAUAAACCGUAUGCAUAUGAACCAACUGAUUGGGAAUGCACCAAUGCACCAUGA